CGACUGAUGAGCGUGGAAUGAUUGAUUGAUGUGGGAGAGAGAGAGAGAGAGAGAGAGAGAGCGGGAGAGGGUUCCGAAAGGACGUCGAAUUUUACGAUUUGUAGCCACGGGUAACGUCAUUUCCAGUCGCAGCGGCCGGAGAUCGGAGAUGGCCUCCGCCGGAAAGCCCCUCGCGGCUUCCUCAUCCUCUCCUUCUUUUCCCGGACGUUUCACCUUCUCCGCCGAUUCUCCGCCGCCGCUCCCCCUCUCAGCGGAGCAGGUGCGCCGAUGCAGCGACGCUCUCAAGGCUUUUAAGGACAAGCUCCAGAUGCCUCAAGAGAUCCGCCAGGAGUUCCUCUCCUUACAGGCGAAUAGGAUGAGACCAUCAGACAUGAAGAGCAGAUGUUCUGUGGCUCUUGAUAGUGUCAAUUAUAGCAAAAACCGCUAUACAGAUGUCUUGCCCUUUGACAGCAACAGGGUUGUACUUAACCCAUGCAAGGAUUACAGACUGUCAGCAAGGGGUUAUAUCAAUGCAAGCUUCAUUGAGACUCCUCCAGCUGAAAGCAUUUCUAAGUUCAUUGCCACACAAGGUCCAUUACCUCAUACAUUUGAGGACUUUUGGGAGAUGAUAAUCCAAAAUCGUUGCCCUGUCAUUCUUAUGCUCACUCGGUUGAUUGACAAUUAUAAGACAGUGAAGUGUGGAGAUUAUUUUCAAGCAGAGGAUGGCCCUAGAGAAUUUGGUAAUAUCUCUAUUGUCACUAAAUGUAUAAAAACAACUGGCACUGCAUUAGUGUUGCGCCAUUUGGAGGUGAAAUACAAAGAGUCAGAAGAGCCACCACUAUCUGUUUUGCACAUUCAAUAUCCUGAAUGGCCUGACCAUGGUGUUCCCAAGGACACUGUUGCUGUUCGUGAAAUUCUAAAAAGAAGUUACCAUAUACCUCCCAGUCUAGGACCAAUAGUGGUGCACUGCAGUGCAGGUAUUGGUAGAACUGGAACAUAUUGUGUAAUUCACAAUACAAUCCAGAGAGUUUUAGUUGGGGAUAUGUCUGCUUUGGACCUUGUUAACACCAUAACCAUAUUUAGGUUACAAAGAAUUGGAAUGGUUCAAACAUUGGAGCAAUACCUUUUCUGCUACGAUGCAAUUGUUGAUGAACUUGAAGACCUCAUUUCAGAGUCCAACAAACAAAGUGGCGAAUAAAAUCUCCAAUUCAAUUGUGGUGGUAGUAGUACAGGAUGCCUCGCUAAUUGUUGCAGCUACAUUGGUGCCCAGUAUUGGUUAGUCUAACUGGAACCGGAAACAGUGUAUGACCAAAUGUUUUAUCAGAAGUUGAGAGCAAGCCUUUGUAGCUCUCGUCAGGUUUGACUGCCACUAUUCAGCAUCAAAAGUUGAUGUGCCAUUGUCCAAAUAUGCACGUUUUCUUUCUAUUAACUAGCAACCACACGUUGGGAGCAUAUCUGAAAUUGCAUUACCAACAUGUAAUAAUUUUCGCAAACUGUGAAAGAGCUGGACAAAAUCAUAGACCUUAGGCACAGUGACAAUGAUGCCAUUUUGUGUCUCUGUUACUUUUGGACGAUCGUGUCUAGUUCCUAAAAUUGAACGAGAUCAUUAUCGUAUGAGGUUUUCAUA